UGAUAAGAUACUUAUCCGCUAAGUGAAAGAUCACAAAAUUAAGAAGUCUUAUUCAAACCAUAAAGAAAUGGGCCUACAACUAUUAUUAUAGUCAUUCUCAUUAAAGCAAAUGGGAUCAUAAGUCUCUCCCAGUAGUUCAUCUUCACACCUAUAUGCAUACCCCACAACUCUCAUCCUUUUAUUCCAAUCAAUCAUCAUGCACCACUAUGCAUCCCCAUUGGAUCAAACCCAGCUCACCCCCAAAAAACAAGUCCUUUACACAUCCUCUUCUUAUUCUUCAUUUUUUUAUUCUUUAAAACCCACAAAUUCAAGUAUUCAGAAAACCAACCACCAAUUUCUGUCUCUCUGUAAAAAGAAACUCUGAACCUGGUUCUACUGAAACUUUCGUUUUGUUGCUGUUUGUUUAAUCCACACAAGUCUUUUUCUUUCGGAUCUGCCGGUGUGUGUUCUCAAGUUUUGUGCCGUCACUCUUUGCCUUACUUUCCGGUUUCUAGAUGCGCGCGCACACAAAAAAACAAGCACCACCCAAUCACCCAAAUGCCUUAAACAAAUCCAAUUUUUAAGAUCAAAUUAAACAAUUGAUCGUCCAUUUUCAAGACCUUUGACGACCCAAUAAUUCUUCCCACCUUUCUCCACAAAGUGAAUCUUUGCUUCGUCAUCACACUCCUUAAUUUGAUCUACUUGAUAUCUUUUUGUCACUAUAAAUAGUCGGAUAUAAUAUGCUACAAGAUCAUCAGCUAGUCCAAGUGUCGAACACCUUAGCUACUCACUCUUAGAUCCAUAUAUUCUCCUAGAAAUUCAAUUUUUAUGACAAUUUCUUCAUCUGGGUAGUUUUAUUUAUACUUCUAGAUUAGAAAUUCGCAGCUUGUUUGUGUUUGUGUUUGAUUUCCAUCAAUGGCGGCUGUGAAAUCGUCAUCUUCAUCGGUAUCAAACCCAGUUUCUGAUCAAUGUUCUGACCAAGAAAGCAGCAACAAAUCUGAGCCAUUAAUUCCUGGGUUACCGGACGAGAUUGCCGAGCUCUGCCUUCUUUACCUUCCCUACCCCUACCAAGCUCUGGUGCGUUCGGUCUCUGCUUCGUGGAACAGAGCCAUCACAGACUCUAGCUUCGUUCGCUGCAAGAAAUCUCUGUCUCUUCCUCUGCCUUAUCUUUUCGUCUUUGCCUUCAACAAAGUGACGUCCAGGAUUCAGUGGCAGGCGCUGGACCCUCGAUCGGGCCGUUGGUUUGUUUUACCUCCCAUGCCGUUCCCCAAGGCCGCCUGCCCACCGGGCUUCGCAUGCACAUCGCUGCCACGUCAGGGGAAGCUCGUUGUCUUGGGCGGCGUGCGGUCAGACUCAGAAUGUUCUACGCGCACCACCAUCGUGUACUGUACGUCUACAAAUCAAUGGUCAAUUGCCGCUCCAAUGCGGACCCCACGAUCAUUUUUUGAGGCGGGAAAUAUCAAUGGUAAGAUCUUGGCGGUUGGCGGUGGUGUGGCCCGCAAUGGUGAUUCGAUUAGGGCUGUAGACUGUUACGACCCUGAAAAUGACACGUGGGCAGCGUCUGCCACGCUGCCCACGAGUCUAGCCAAGUACGACUCCAAUGUGGUGGGAAACAAGAUGUAUGUCACAGAGGGGUGGAUGUGGCCGUUUAUGCUUUCGCCACGAGGCGUGGUUUAUGACCCAGACGAGGACACUUGGCAGGAGAUGAGGCAGGGGAUGAGGGACGGGUGGACGGGGGUUAGCGUGGUGGUGGGUGAGAGGUUGUUGGUCAUAUCGGAGUAUGGGGAUUGUCCGAUGAAGGUGUACGAUCCGGAUGAGGACACAUGGCGGUAUGUGAGUGGGGACAAGUUCCCAUGUGAGGCACUGAGAAGGCCUUUUGCUGCGAGCGGGGUGGAAGGGAACAUAUAUGUGGUGGCAUGUGGGUUGAAUGUGGGAAUAGGAAGGCUGUCUGAGUGUGGAGGAGGAAAGGAUGAGCUAAAAGUUGAGUGGCAGGUUGUGCCAGCUCCAAGUGCUUUUAGGGGCUUCUCUCCUUCUAGUUGUCAAGUACUUUACGCCUAAAAUAAUUGAGUUUGAUCAAUUAUCAUUCAUAUCUGUUUUUGGCCUCGUUAGGCAAUUUUAUUUUAAACUAUGCACAACCCAACUUCUUUUAUAUUGUUUACAUAAUAAUAUUCUACAGCUAGGCUCAAUAUUUGCUUUGCUCUUCUACAUAGACAGAGACAUAUAUAGUGGCACUUUUUUUCAGGUUCGUUUGACCUCUUCGUUGAGCCAAACUUAUUCCCGUUACAAUGAAGUUUUUCUCCUCUUGGUGGCCUAUGAGAUCCGUCAUAUCUUAUCUAAAUCUUGUAGAAUAUUUUGCAUUGGCUCCAAAUUAAAGUUGCCAAUAGUAAAAAGAGAAAAAAGGAUCAUGACCAUUCUUGAGGGUUUGAAGAGUUGGAAGAUCUUUUUCAUGCCUUUAAUUAUUGGAUAGAAAAUUCAAAGUAAUCCAGUUAAGGCCAAAUUUUUUGAAUAAGAUUGUGAAACACGCACGGGUCUCACAGCUUUUACUUUAUGCUUUCGAUUGGAUUUGAGCAAAUUGAGUUGAUUAUAUUUGACAUGCGUCAUGAUGUUUUCAGAAAAGCUUUGAGUUGAGUUUGAGGCAAGUUUCCAUCAACAGAGCAAAUUAAGGAAUAACCAAUAAAAAAAAGGACAGAGCAUUUUGUUUUGUUUUGUUUUUUUCCCAUCACUUACGUCAGAAAGGGAUGCUGAAGAAGCAUCAACGCGGUUAAAUAUGACAUAAAAUUCUUAUCUUAUGUAAAAUUGAAAUUGUCACGUUUGGGGUCUAGAAUCUUCUACAUACGCGCUUAUUACACAACAAUUGGACCUUUCUCCACCCUUUCCAGUUCCCAAACUUCCAGACUAAGCUAGAACUUUGAAAAAAUCCCAAAAGAAACCUCCCCAUAUAAACAUGAAGCCUUGAAAAACUUUGUGAUCAUAUCUGCCUGCAUCUAUUAUCUUACCAGCAAAUAAACAGCUUCAGCUUAGCUUCUUCCGCCUUGAAAUAUACCAAAAACACAGCAACCCGAGACAGAAAAGAAGGAAAGACAGAGAAAGGAGCAAGCAACCCAGAAACCCGGAAAGGCCCGAGGGGGUUGAAGGAAGAAGGAACCAUGUGUUUCGUGUUUGUGUGUGGUGAAGAUGAGACGGUGCUUUCAAGGCAACCAGCACCAGGGGCAUGCCCCUACUGUGGAGGAAUGGUGCAAGCCAUGGAUGUUGAGAGUCGGUGGACGUUCUGCUUCCUGCCUCUCUACUGGAAGACCAAGCGCAAGUUGUACUGCGCCGUGUGCACUAGGCGCUUGGUAGUACAGUGAUAUAAACCGACAUCAUAAUAAAUACAGAGAUUGCAAUUUGUGCUCGUGUAAAUAUGUAAUAUGACUUUUUUGUUGUUACUGAUAAACAAAAUGACAGGCUCUAUUUACAUGCUUGCGG